UCCCGUCAAAUACAGAACCAUGAAUCCGGACAUUAUGAGAGAGCGGCAAAACGCCACUUUUGACGUCGAGAAACUGACCUACAUUUUGGACGGGGGGCCUGAAAAGACCAGAAGACGGCGAGAAAUUGAGUCGAUGGUUCUCAGUGACCCGGACUUUAAGGAGGAGGAUCCAAACUUCCUAUCCCGCAGUGAGCGCUACGACCAGGCUGUUAAAAAAAGUGCCCAAAUGAUCCUUAAGCUCCGAGAGUAUGGCAUUGCAGACCCAGACGAGAUCUACUGCUACAAGAACUGCGUUCACCCAGACAGGCCAGAGCCCUUGGAUCUCCAUCUGGGGAUGUUCCUGCCCACACUGCUCAACCAGGCCACCCCAGAGCAGAUGGACCGUUUCUUCAUGCCCGCCUGGAACCUAGAGAUCAUCGGCACCUACGCUCAGACUGAGAUGGGCCACGGCACACACCUCAGGGGGCUGGAGACCACAGCCACAUAUGAUCCAGCCACGCAGGAGUUUGUCAUGAACAGUCCCACAAUCAGCUCCAUCAAAUGGUGGCCUGGAGGACUUGGAAAGACCUCCAACCAUGCCAUAGUGAUAGCCCAGCUUCAUACUCAGGGACAUUUGCGCGGCCUGCAUGCUUUCAUCGUACCCAUCCGCGACAUGGACACACACAUUCCCCUGCCAGGUAUUGUGGUUGGAGAUAUCGGCCCCAAGUUUGGCUUUAAUGAAGUUGACAACGGCUACCUGAAACUAGAGAAUGUGCGCAUCCCACGGGAUAACAUGCUGAUGAAAUACGCCAAGGUGGAGCCAGACGGAACCUAUCUGAAGCCCCCAAGUGCCAAGCUGACCUACGGCACCAUGGUGUUCAUCCGCUCCAUGAUUGUAGGCGAGUCAGCCAGGGCCCUCUCCAAAUCCUGCACCAUCGCCAUCCGCUACAGUUCUGUUCGACACCAGUCUGAAAUCCGGCCGGGAGAGCCUGAGCCUCAGAUCCUCGAUUACCAGACUCAGCAGUACAAGCUGUUCCCUUUGCUGGCGAUGGCCUAUGCCUUCUCUUUUGUUGGCCAGUAUAUGAGACAGACCUACAACCGCAUCAGUGGAGACAUCAACCAGGGGGACUUCAGUCAGCUGCCCGAGCUCCACGCCCUGUCCGCGGGUCUGAAGGCCUUCACCACAUGGGCAACCAACUCUGCCAUCGAGGUGUGCCGCAUGUCAUGUGGCGGCCACGGCUACUCCCGCAGCAGCGGCUUGCCGGACAUUUACGUCGAGUUCACCCCGACGUGCACCUACGAGGGAGAGAACACAGUCAUGAUGCUGCAGACGGCGAGAUACCUGAUGAAGUGCUACCGCCAGGCUAAAGCAGGGAAGCAGCUGAGCGGCAUUGUGUCAUAUCUGAAUGAACCGAAGCAUCAGAGGGUCCAGCUACAGCCCGUCGCUGCCAGGCCAACCGUGGUCGACAUAAAUGACCUGGCGAGCCUGGUGGAGGUCUACAAACAGCGAGCUGCCGUUCUGGUUGAUCUGGCAGCCAAGAGCAUCGAGCAGGAGUUGCAGCACAGGAAGAGCCCGGAGGACGCCUGGAACAACAGUUCUAUUGACCUGGUCAGAGCUUCAGAUGCCCACUGUCACUAUGUUGUAGUGAAGCUCUUUACUGACAAGCUCGUGGAGAUCGGUGACACAGCGAUACACUCGGUGAUGUCGAGCCUUGCUCUGCUGUACGCCCUGCAUGGCAUCACACAGAACUCUGGAGACUUCUUACAGGCUGGAAUGCUGAAUGUGCCACAUAUGCUGCAGAUUUCUGCUCGUAUUAAGGAGCUGCUGUCUCAGCUGAGGACCAACGCUGUGGCACUAGUCGAUGCCUUUGAUUUCCACGACAAGAAGCUGAAAUCGGUCCUGGGACGAUAUGAUGGCAACGUCUAUGAGAACUUGUUCGAGUGGGCUCGCAGUUCACCGCUAAACUCCACAGAGGUGCAUGAAUCCUUCCACAAGUACCUGAAGCCCCUGCGGUCCCAACUGUAAGCUGACCCCUGACACCUUGAUUCCUGGUUAAGACCCAUCAACACUGCAUAUAUAAGCACAACUUUAGCUACAUUAACACAUCAUAUAAGUUCUGGUAUGUACCAGUCUGCAGGAAUUAAGCCUUCAUCUCUAUAUGUGGUCAAUUGAUUGCCAUACUGCAACAUGUCAGAGCUGUCUCCAUUGAUCUCUUCACAGUGGGCUGUAAACAUGGUGGGCAACCUAAAAAAUGUAAAGACAAUGUAAUUAUUGAGGGGAUAAGAAAGAAAAACAGGAAUGAAAAUUCUCCCUGAAAAAUCUCUCGUGAAAUCAUUAUUUUUUGCAAAAGAAAUAGCUUUAAGAAUACUGAAAACAAUCAAGUAUUUGCACUUUUAGAUUGUCAUGUUCUCUGCAGAGAAAUGCCAUUCUAAGGUUUCUAAGUAUUUCAUUUUACAUUUCUGCUGCGUGCCUGAUGGCUUCUCAGUGAGAACCAGCCAAGACAGAAUGCCAUCUUUUUACAAGAACAUCAGAGUGCUUUAUGUGAGGAACAAACCAACAGCAACACCGUUUUGGUUGUUUCCCUGACAACCAGGACCAACUUUUUCUUUGAUUAAACACUGCUAUAUGUGACAAUUGUUAUUAAAGAGGCAGUAGUUUAUCCACAACCGCUAUCAGUUGCUGCAUUAGGGUGGAAAUGAACAUAGGUGAUGCAACUUUUCUUCCUCACAAGUCUGUGGCAACACUCGAUACCUGUAAAUAAUGGUGUAAUAUGACUGACUUGCAUAAACAGCCAUACAAAUUAUAGCAGAGAUCCAACAGAAACAUCCAGUGAAGAUAGAGUAUUCCACAUCGAAUACUGCGCGACAAAACCAUUGGAAACCGGUCGAUAACACCUAUCUAUACAGCAGCUGUUCUCCAGAGGCGAAAGAAUAAAAAAUGCCUUAAAUGUCACAGUCCUACAUUGUGUCAGACUGUUCCUCAAAGCCUUAAGUCGAGACUUCCCUGAAAUUGUACGCGUUUUAGAAUCCAAUACGCUCUCCCUUUAGGCUUCCUUUUGUAGAGAACAGAGGCUGGGGUCGACUUGAAUUCAGUCACAAUGGUCUUAACAUUUAAAAUUGUACAAAUGCUGUAUUUCAAUCACAAUGGUGAAACGAUGUUCCUUUACUCUGAGGCCCACGAGCCGUCACACCGUGUUCUGUAUCGUGUAUAUCAUUGUCAUACUUUAAUGAUCCACUAUACAGAUACCAGCGUGUGUGUUACAUACCUAACUGUACUUCGACAGAAGCUAAGCCCAAUAGAGAGAAUAGGGCCCAUCGAGACACUACGAUUGUGAGACGGUGGAAUUAUUUACAAUGACGUUCUGGCGAUGAAAUGAACCACUUUGGGAUGAUGUGUUCCAAAUGCCUCCCUCUGAGCUGUGGCAGAUCUCUGACAAGCGGCGUGUUCUUCCAUUAGAAUAAAUGAUGACACUAUUCCGUGCGUCCACAUGCUCCUGAAUGCGUUUGUGGACCGAAAGCUUUCUGCAGAUAAAAGUGAAAUAUGUAAAAUGCGUAAAAGGGCACCUGUGGUGACAGGUUGUGUGAAUUUAUGACCGAUUUUAAGGGUUUAAUGAGGCCACAUAUGUAUAUGGGAAUUAGUAUUCUCCCUCACUGCUGUGUGGGGUUGGUAUAUUGUAAAGAAGGGUAACACAUUUCAAACCACACACUUUAAAUAGAUCCUUUUUUAAUAAGCUGCAAUGUUCAAAUUCUGCUGACUGAAUUAUUCUGGUUCAUAUAUGAUGAGAUAUCUGCAACUGGAUUUCUCUUCUUUUUUUAAUCAUUUAUUACAGUUUCAGAAACGAUUGUUUUUUUUGUUUUUACCGAAAAUAAUUGAGUGACUGCUAAGUAAGCAGAAAUAUAUAAUAUUUAUAAUUAAACUUUGAGAAGUGGAUUUGUGUCACAGAGCAACCAAAUCCAACAGGCUGGUGAGUAAAAGUAUAGAACAACUCCAGUGAAAUGUAUGAGUUAUGACUGUAAUGACACGAUGAUGAAAAGGAGAGCAUUAAUCUAAAGCCUCACGGUGAAUUGUAAAAAUGAUUUGUGGGAGAAUUAUGUGCCUGAGGAAGUUGUCUUUUCUUAAUUAACUAAUUGAGAUCUGUGUUGGUAUAUAGCGAUUAGUAUUUUAGUUCUGCAUUUGUAUGACUUUUAAUUUGUUUAUUUCUGCUUUAUUAAGGGUAGGAUUGUCAAUAUGUAACAACUAAGUUCUUUGCUAAUAUUUGUGUGAUCAUGGUUUAUUGAAUAUUAAUGAUUUUAAACAAUAUGAUCCUAAUGGUUAGUACAUUUGACCUGUAAGUUAAAUUAAUAAAAAACUAAAUAAUCA